AGAAGGCAUAGUUCUGUCGAUUUGGAAGAUAGUUCUGAUGAAUUGGAAGAUGAGCAUUGUUCUGCCAGAUCGGAUAAGGAUCUUUAUGUACCGAUAACUUCGCUGCCAAGAAGAUCACCUAGAAUAAGAUCAAGGAGUGUUACUCCAAGUACCUCAUAUGCAGCAAAAAAUGUAGG